AUGUCUAAUAAGCCGAUCUAUGUGGCUGCGCACCCGCGCGCAUGCUCUACUGCUUUUGAGCGAGUCUUCAUGACUCAACGCGAUACCAUUCAGUGUGUCCAUGAGCCUUUCGGUGAUGCCUGGUACUACGGUCCUGAGCGACUGGCCGACCGCUUUGAAGAUGACGAACAAGCUCGUCUGGACAGUGGAUUCAGUAACUCGACAUACCGCACUGUGUUGGAUAGGCUGGAACGUGAAGGCUCCGAGGGAAAGAGAGUCUUCAUCAAGGACAUCGAUGCCUACCUACUCCCGCCAGGUGGAAAACCAGCAAGCAUCGCCCCCUCACUGCGACGCAUCAAGCGUGGUGUAGGCACCAGCGACGAAUCGGCCAAUGGUGUGACCCAUACCAACGGCCACUCCGUCGGUACAAACGGUACCUCGAACGGAGCGAACAGUGUCAACGGCCAUGCCAACGGACACAGCGAGAAUGGUGUGAACGGCGACGCCAACGGCAACAGCAACGGAGCCAAGCGCACCCCAUACCCGUACGACACGCCCAAAGAACCUGGAAACCCAACCGUGAUGCCUCGUGAGAUCCAAGAGCGUUUCCACUGGGCAUUCCUGAUCCGGGACCCGCACCACAGUAUCCCGUCGUACUACCGGUGCACAAUCCCGCCCCUGGACGCAAUGACAGGCUUCCACAACUUCGACCCCAAAGAAGCGGGGUACAACGAACUGCGUCGCCACUUCGAGUAUCUGCGACGGGAAGGCCUUGUCGGGCCCCGGGUUGCUAUGCGGCCGGAUCUAUCGCCUGAGGCUGGUUCCGAGGCGGAUAGGGAGACUGUUCAUGAGAUUUGCGUGGUGGAUGCGGAUGAUAUGCUUGACGCGCCGGCACCGACUAUUGAGGCGUUCUGUCGUAGUACUGGUGUUCCGUAUACGCCUUCCAUGUUGGAGUGGGAGACGGAGGAGGAUUAUGCGUUUGCAUGUGAGGCUUUUGAGAAGUGGCGGGGAUUCCAUAAUGAUGCCAUUGAGUCGAAGGGUUUGACUGCUAGAGCUCAUAAACAUGCUCCUAAGACGGAGGAGCAGUGGGAUGCUGAGUGGUUGAAGAAGUAUGGGCCUGAAGGCGCCGCUCUCAUCCGUACGACUGUCGACCAGACCAUUGACGAUUACCUUUACCUGAAGCAGUUUGCCAUGAAGGUUUAG